CGGCGUUUCCCCUUCAGCGGCAGCCUUUGCUGCCGCCGCGGCUACCGCUGCCUCUGCCACCUGGAAUAUCUUCAGGCUCCAGGUUUCUCUGCCAACCACGAGGAAUCCAGGAAGAAAAAGCGGAGCCCAGGCGCUCAUAACCCACUCCUCCCACGCCUUUUCAGCCCGAGAUCGCCCCGGCAGGGAUGGGCGAUAAGAUCUGGCUGCCCUUCCCGGUGCUUCUCCUGGCCGCUGUGCCACCACUGCUGCUGCCGGGGGCGGCCAGCUUCACGCCCUCCUUAGACAGCGACUUCACGUUUACCCUUCCGGCGGGCCAGAAGGAGUGUUUCUACCAGCCCAUGCCCCUGAAGGCUUCGCUGGAGAUCGAGUACCAAGUGUUAGAUGGAGCAGGAUUAGAUAUUGAUUUCCAUCUUGCCUCCCCGGAUGGUAAAACUUUAGUUUUGGAACAAAGAAAAUCAGAUGGAGUUCACACGGUAGAGACUGAAGUUGGUGACUACAUGUUCUGCUUUGACAAUACAUUCAGCACCAUUUCUGAGAAGGUGAUUUUCUUUGAAUUAAUCCUGGAUAAUAUGGGAGAACAGGAGCAAGAACAAGAUUGGAAGAAAUAUAUUACUGGCACAGAUAUGUUGGAUAUGAAACUGGAAGAUAUUCUGGAAUCCAUCAACAGCAUCAAGUCCAGACUAAGCAAAAGUGGUCAUAUCCAGACUCUUCUUAGAGCAUUUGAAGCCCGUGAUCGAAAUAUACAAGAAAGCAACUUUGACAGAGUCAAUUUCUGGUCUAUUGUUAAUUUAGUGGUCAUGGUGGUGGUGUCGGCCAUUCAGGUUUAUAUGCUGAAGAGUCUAUUUGAAGAUAAGAGGAAAAGUAGAACUUAAAACUCCAAACUAGCGUACUGAACAUUGAAAACAGAGGUGGAAAAAUGCAAUAAAUUGUUAGUCAAGGCCAUUAAUAGUCUUUUCAAAAAUGUUUUAGACAUUUUCAGUGUGAAACAAGUAUAAUUUAAUGUGAAAGGAAAGUUUUCACUUUUGUCUGUGCAAGUAAUCUUAUUGAUGCAGUUGUACUUAUGUGUAUAACAGAAAUAUUUUGCCAGAGUGUAGGUAUAAUUGAAUGAAGCCAUAUUAACUGUAUUUUCGUAAAUUUGAAAAAAUUUUGCAAAUGUCAUAGGUGAUUUAAAUAACUGAACAUUGGGCCUACAUGCAACAACAGACAAUCUGUUUUUAAAAGGUUCUCUCACCCAGGAAUUUCUUUGUAAAUGUGGCAAUUACAAAUUAAUAAGCUUUCAGUAUGUUAAGUUAUAAAUCAUCUGAGAAUUACUUAAUUAUGGCUUAAAUAUAUGUUUAGAC